CUUAUUAAUCUGUAUGUUGUCGUAAACAAAAAAGUAUCUACCUAUGUAUCUAGAUUCAAUAAAAGAUUUGAUUUUAGAACUUGUUUUUUCAAAAAAAUAAUGGUUGUAGCACUUGGAAUCGAAGGAAGCGCCAACAAACUUGGGGUCGGAAUAAUUAGAGAUGGCGAAAUACUCGCUAACUGCAGGAGAACGUACAUCACACCACCGGGAGAAGGUUUUCUGCCGAGAGAAACGGCUGAACAUCAUCAACAAAAUAUUCAUGAAGUUCUGAAAGAAGCGAUGAAGGAGUCCGGGUUGAAACCGCAGGAUAUUGACGUUGUGUGCUAUACAAAAGGUCCAGGAAUGGGUGCUCCGUUGAUGGUCGGCGCUGUUGUUGCUAGAACUUUGUCCAAAUUGUGGAACAAACCAUUAUUAGGUGUCAAUCAUUGUAUUGGACAUAUUGAAAUGGGUAGGUUAAUAACCAAAGCAAACAAUCCGACUGUACUAUAUGUAAGUGGUGGUAACACACAGAUCAUAGCUUACUCCAGGCAACGGUAUAGGAUAUUUGGAGAAACUAUAGAUAUUGCUGUUGGAAACUGCCUCGACAGAUUUGCUAGAGUAUUAAAACUUUCAAAUGCCCCAAGCCCAGGCUACAAUAUUGAACAAGCUGCAAAGAGAGGAAAGAAAUAUUUACAUCUACCUUACUGUGUCAAAGGCAUGGAUGUUAGCUUCUCAGGAAUCCUUUCCUACAUGGAGGACAAAAUAGAUGAAUUACUUAAAGAGUAUACACCUGACGACCUAUGUUAUUCACUACAAGAGACAGUAUUCGCUAUGUUAGUGGAAAUUACUGAAAGGGCUAUGGCUCAUUGUGGAUCCGAUGAGGUGUUAUUAGUCGGAGGUGUAGGCUGCAAUGAGCGGUUACAAGAGAUGAUGGCAGUUAUGUGUGCUGAACGAGGGUCCAAGGUCUUCGCGACGGACGAACGGUUCUGCAUCGACAACGGAGUCAUGAUCGCGCACGCUGGCGCCGUCGCUUUCGAGUCUGGAGCUAGAAUGGAUUUCAAUGAAUCGACCAUCACGCAGAGAUAUAGGACAGAUGAUGUACUUGUAACUUGGAGAAAUGACUGAGUAAACUUUUAUUUAUA